AUGGCUUUGAACAAGAAAGAAACCAAUAUGAUGCCUGCCUUAGCUGACCCGAUGUCUUUCGCAAAGGAUUUCUUAGCCGGUGGUGUUUCUGCUGCCGUGUCUAAGACAGCCGUCGCUCCCAUUGAACGUGUCAAAUUGUUGUUACAAGUACAACAUAUUUCCAAGCAAAUUGCACCAGAAGAUAGAUAUAAAGGCAUGGUGGACUGUUUUGUACGUAUCCCCAAGGAACAGGGAGUUACAGCUUAUUGGAGAGGAAACAUGGCCAACGUGAUUAGGUACUUCCCGACUCAAGCUUUGAACUUUGCAUUCAAAGACAAAUACAAGCAAGUCUUUUUGGGUGGUGUAGACAAAAACACACAAUUCUGGAGAUAUUUUGCCGGUAAUUUAGCAUCAGGUGGUGCAGCUGGUGCCACAUCCUUAUGCUUUGUAUACCCAUUGGAUUUCGCUAGGACCAGGUUAGCCGCUGAUGUCGGUAAAGCCGGAGCUGGUCGGGAAUUCAACGGUCUUGGAGACUGUUUGUCCAAGGUCUUCAAAUCCGACGGAAUCACUGGAUUGUACAAAGGUUUUGGUGUAUCCGUUCAAGGAAUCAUCAUUUACAGAGCAUCAUACUUCGGUUGCUUCGACACCGCUAAGGGAAUGUUGCCAGACCCAAAAUCUGCUGGAUUCCUUUUAUCGUGGGCUAUUGCUCAGGUUGUAACAACUGUUGCUGGAAUUAUGUCCUAUCCCUUCGACACAGUCAGGAGGCGUAUGAUGAUGCAAAGUGGUCGUGCUAAGUCUGAAAUCGUUUACAAGAGCACUCUCCACUGUUGGUCAGUAAUUGCAAAGACAGAAGGAACUGGUGCUUUCUUCAAGGGAGCUUUUUCAAACGUUUUGAGAGGAACUGGUGGUGCCUUAGUAUUGGUGUUGUAUGAUGAAAUCAAAACCCUCCUCUAA